CUCUUAAAUAUUGGGGCCUGGUUAUCAAAACCCCCCAUAAAAACCGAUUUUGCCUGCAAUUGUACGGUAAAUGACCGAUGCUUUUGAUCGGCUGCCACAUUUGAUCCUAGUCUUUUACGAUGUGUGGAUGCUGCCGUUCGGAGGACACCAAGCCUGAUCCAGAUGAGGCUGAUGGUACCACUCCCAGGAACCCCCUCAGGAACCGAGGAUGUACAGAUAUCCCCAUGCUCCUAAUCUUCCUGGCAUUUAUCGCUGGAUUGAUCUACAUCACUGCAUUUUCAAUCGUCAACGGGAACUUUCGGCGUCUCGUGUACGGAUAUGACAGCUAUGGCGACACCUGUGGGAGUGAGAAUACACAGAUUAUCAACGUUUCGCUCAGCGGGAAAGAUCUACGUCACAAAAACUAUCUCUUCUACAUGGACGUGCUCUACCCAAAGACGUCCAUGUGCAUAUGCGUAUCCAAAUGUCCCGAUGCUUUCCUCACGGACAUCGUCGCUGUCAAGGCGUUUUCAAAUCGCACCGGGUCGAAGCUGUGUGACUACCACUUGCUUAGGGAUGAAUACACUCCUGACAAGCAGAGUAAGAGGGGCCCUUGCCCACUGACGCCAAUAUUUGAAAGUGGGCCCGUCUUGUUCCGAUGUAUACCUAGUCCAACUGCUCUACUGAAUAACGUUACCCGUCAAGCGUGGAAUGAUAUAAUAGGUUUUAUAAACGAGAGUGGAGUGUUCCAAAAAGUAUUAGCUGAUCUUUAUACAAGCUGGCCCGAGAUGUUGGGCUUGUGCUUCAUUGCUCUAGUCUUGAGUCUUCUAGUUUCGUUGUUCAUACGUUUUGUGGCUGGUAUGAUUAUCUGGUUCGUCAUGGUCGGAUCAGCGGUAGCCUCAACUAUCCUGACUGGUGUGCUGUGGUGGGUAUAUGUUGUCUACAGGAACAAACUGAAUGAGGAGGAGAAGAUGAAGGUGCCAUUGCUGGACGUCGAGAUUAGUAAUGAAAAAGCAUUCUUAGCAUUCUCAAUCAUUUCUACAAUAUUGACGGUGGUUCUCCUCUUGAUCAUCAUCGUGAUGAGGAAGCGGGUCGCAUUGGCCGUCUCCUUGUUCAAUGAAGCUGGACGGUGUCUCUCGGACAUCCCGUGCCUACUGUUCCAACCUCUGUUCACCUUCCUCAUUCUCAUUGCCUUCCUCAUCUACUGGGUGAUCGUGCUUGCCUUUAUCUCCACUGCAGAUUACCCUGUGAUUGACAAAAUCACUGGAUAUGUCAAAUAUGAGGACCAGGCUCCAAUACAGUACAUGUGGUGGUAUCACAUCGUGGCACUUAUCUGGAUAUCUGAGUUCAUCCUUGCCUGUGAGGAACUAGUCAUUGCUGGCUCGGUCGCACAAUGGUAUUUUACCAGGUCAAAGAACGAUGUGAGCUGCCCAAUAGGAAAGUCGAUAUGUCGUCUGAUAACUCACCACAUAGGAUCAGCAGCUUUUGGUGCAUUUAUUAUAACUCUGGUCAAAAUACCAAGAAUGAUACUCAUGUACCUGUCGAAAAAACUGAAAGGCAAACAGAACAAAUGUGCUGAGUUCUGUAUGAAGUGCUGCAUAUGCUGUUUGUGGUGCCUGGAGAAAUGUCUCAAAUACCUCAACAGGAAUGCCUACAUCAUCAUUGCUAUUGAGGGUCACAGUUUUUGUACUUCUGCCAAAAAGGCAUUUGAAACGUUAGUGUCUAAUGUGUUACGUGUAGCAGCGAUCAACGGUGUAGGCGACUUUGUACUAUUCUUGGCCAAAAUUUCAAUCAUGGCUUCCACAUCUGCCAUAGGAGUGGUCAUAUUUAGGCUGAGACCUGAUCUUCACUAUUACGCUGUUCCAGUGUUACUGUGUUGUAUCUUUGCCUAUUUGGUUGCUAGUGUCUUCUUGUCGGUCUACGAGAUGGUUAUUGAUGCGUUAUUGCUGUGUUUCUGUGAGGACUGCCAGAUUAAUGACGGUACCCCCGGACGAGAAUACUACAUGAGCUCAUCCUUAAUGGAAUUUGUGAAGAAGACCAGCUCUAAACUGGACAAACUUUCUCGGAAGAAGCGCGAUUCCCCCGACGGUGCUGGGGAGAAUCUUCACCCAGACAUGACAGAGGAAAAGACGUCUGUUUGAGCACUCUACAGAACAAUAUCAAUCUCAGUUUUACCAAGAGAGAUGCCGCUGUGAAUGGCACAAUCGAUGGACUGUUGGUGUCAUCUGUAUCCAGUUCCUGGGACUCUUAGUCGUAAGGGCAGGAUCAAUUGACAUUAACCUCUCUGAUGAACCUUUCCUUGAAACCCUGAAUAGAAUUUAGGCUAGGUUUACAUACAGUUCGCAGUAUCACUUGUAAUGAGACACUUUUAGAAUAAAGAAGUCAUUUCAACGGAUCCACAAUGUCAGUUCGUUCUCAGCUCAAGUCGUGUCAUGUUUUCAAGCCAAAAUCUAUUAAGGAACUGCUUGUAGCUUGUGACAAGUGUCAUGUGACUCUUGAACCGUGACAACGUGAAUUCUAUGUAAACCCAGCAGCCCUGCCUGUAUAAAAGUGUCCGUUAGAUUAUCAUCAGAAUGUGACCAAGUACAUUUGUACAUUCAUUUGCUCAUUUUAAAAGACGGACACUGUAAGAUGUUGUUGAACAGCACAAUGGCCUUUUAUAAAGUGAUGUAUUUUGUAUGAAUGUUUUGUUGUAUUGUGUAAGAAGAAAACCUAACGUGUACUUUUGAUGUAUAAUUCCAGUUGUAGUGGGCCAUCCUUUCAGUAGAUUGUUUGGGUAAGGUUAAAACCUAACUGAGUGUGAAAUUAUUUCAUAGAGCCGAGGGCCAACUUAUCACGAAAUUCAUCAAUGAUGUAUGUAUUGGCAGAUAUUACAAAAAGUGGGCCUAUAGGCUGGACUAGGGGGGGUCAGAUUGGAGGUUUACAUGUGAAUACAUGUAAUAUGCACAGUUGUGGAGCUAGGCCUGGUCUGACUUGGUGAGAAAAGUAUACCUUGCAGAUUCGUGUGAUCCUUGAAGCUUCGAAAUGAAGAUUACACAAAGCCCGGAAAAUAACAGUUUUGUAAAUAAACUUCACUUUAUUGCAAUGUAACUCAUGACACUGGCAGCGGUAACAUAUAGCUACAUCAUGUAUAGUAUUCUUUGGUAUGAGGUCAUGUUGACAGUAAACCCUGAAAUUUUCACGAUUGCACUUUCAAAUGCCAACUUAAAAAUCAUGAAAAUUAACUGUCAUGUUUUAACCAUAGAUAUCAAAUCUACCACCAAGUGAAAUGAGACAGUCACGGUCUUCAUGCAGUCUUGGGGUACCGAAUUUCGAAUACAGAAUACCUUUGUGUACAUGUAUUGUGUAGCUUCAUGUAACUGCUGUCUAACCAGUGCAAAUUGUUAUACUGUUUUGUAUUGUUGCUUAUUUGUUAUAUUAUUUUAAAAUGCAUGCGUUAUCUUUAACAAAAAAUAAGCAGCAGUGAAUUGUCAGUAUUGUUUUAAGGUGUGUACUAACUUGAUUUUGUUUCAAUUUCUUCAGGAAGUCAAUCAUGAAAUCAAUCGUAAUCACCUCUGAUAUGUCCUACAGGCAGCCAGAGGGAUUUCGUUUUUACACAACUGAGAUAAAAAUUACUUCGACUAAUCUUUUCAACCACUGUUUUUCUGUGGCCAUCUUCUGGGCUUGGAUUUGCCAUUCCUGUCACUCCAGGAUGCCUUAGUAAUGAGUCGUAUGCUCUUGGUACAAAAUGGUUGCUCUCGUCUCUCUUCUAGUUGUGCUUUCAAAAAUGUUAGUCAGUGUAAUAUUCCCUGAGUUGUGUAAAAUCGAAAUCCCUCGGAAUAUAGUCUAACCAACUGGAUGAAAUCAUUCAAAGGACUGCAAGUACUGUUGGGGGGGGGGGGGGGGGUAUAGAGGAGAUACUGGGAGUACAUUCUAAAAUGGUUGCCGGUAGAUAAUGUUUUUCAAUGAUACUUUUUUCUAGUCGAUGAGGUUAUGCAUGUAUAACAAUCCAUUAUUUCAAUAUCCAAUGAACUUUUUUGUAUAAAGUUGUCUAGAAAAUAUUUUGAACUUAGUCUUUAUUGCUAAUGCUAAGUCUUGUCUUUCAUUGAGCUUUAAGCUUUGUUUUGUACAGUCGUAGAUUUUUAGACUCAUUUGUAGCUGCUUUACCUUGGUGCUUCUUCUUAACUGUUGUUAGUUUAGCUGUAACAGUUUAAAAUUGAUUUACGGGAACUUUGACUUUUUGUCCCUAUAAUAAGGAUGUUGCACUAAAUUAAUGAAAAUGACUCCAAGUUGAUUAAUAGACUAUCAAGCCAAGAAUCCUCAUCCCGGGAGGAUAACAAUUCCAUUUUGUCAUGUUGUGUGCCAGAUAUAGAUAUCUGGUCCAGAUACUAUAGAUCCAUGCACUUGAUUGGGACCAACGUUUACGAAGACGUCGCGUCUCGUCACGUUACAGUAAUGUAAAAUGCAUGGUGACGUGACGACGGCCAACACUACGUCAUGUAAACGUUGUUCCCAAUCAAGUGCAUGAAUCUAUAGUAGACAGGUCAGAAUCAUAACAGACUUGCAGAUGAAAUUUGAACAUUUUUGUUUGAAAGUACCAUUUCCUGUCCACGAAAUAAAAUGAACAAUCAUGUCAUUGAAACAAUUUUUUGAAUUUGCUUGAUACUUGUUAUCAGACAGAUUUCUAUUUUAUCAUUAUCUUUACUGCACACAUGUAGAUUUACGCUGUAGUUAGGUUAAGGAUGUUGAGAAAUUGUUCACAUUGCUCUCAUUUCUGAAGUUGCUCUUGCAAAUGAGAGCUUUUAGAAGUUUAAACAAUUUCUUAAUGAUAAUGAACCAUACCUUUGCAUUUUGUGUGACUAUCAAGCAAUAUUUUGGUAAAUAUUGUCGUUUUAGCAAGAUAUGUGCCGAAUCUAAUAUUUUAUACCAGGUGUGUUUGUAAGUUAUGUAUAUAUUAUGGUCACUGGAUGUAAAUGUAGUCAACUAUGUAAUAACAUGAAUAAGGGUAAAGGUUGGUCUUCUCAAUAAUCAUAGUGGGUAUCUAAGUGAGUGGGUUAUUGCUAGAAAAGAACACUCACAAGAUCUGUGUACUUAAUUUUCUGUCGUGAAAAUCAACCUUUGCCACAAGGGAUUGUGUACAAAUAAAAAUCAUUCCGACUGAUCCUAAAUCUGCAUUUUUAUGGUGAGGGGGUCUGAUGAAUUUGGUUCUCUAAGAUUUUACAAUGUUUUUAAUUGUACAUAAUCCCCGAGAGUCUCUAUGACAAGAUAUUGUAGCCUAACUAAGCCUUUAGCUGGCUGAGCUUAAGUCUAAUCAUGUAACUGCAUGGACAGUUGUUCUUAUGCUUGUAACUGAAGUUGUUAUGUCUUGCAUGUAUUUCAACUACCAUGGUAUUUUUGUAAGCCUAUGUCAAUAAAACUUUAUAAAAUUGAGAAA